GAUGGCCACCGCUGAGGAGGACUGUGGUGCUGGGGCCGACGCUGACCAGGAAUUGGAAGAGCUCCUGGAAAGUGCUCUUGAUGAUUUCGAUAAGGCCAAACCCUCCCCAGCACCCCCUCCUACCACCACGGCCCCUGAUGCUUCGGGGCCCCAGAAGAGAUCGCCAGGAGACACUGCCAAAGAUGCCCUCUUUGCCUCCCAAGAGAAGUUUUUCCAGGAACUGUUCGACAGCGAGCUGGCUUCCCAAGCCACUGCGGAGUUCGAGAAGGCGAUGAAGGAGUUGGCUGAGGAAGAGCCCCACCUGGUGGAGCAGUUCCAGAAGCUCUCAGAAGCUGCCGGGAGAGUGGGCAGUGACGCAACCUCCCAACAAGAAUUUACGUCUUGCCUGAAGGAGACACUAAGUGGACUCGCCAAAAAUGCCACUGAUCUUCAGAACUCAGGCAUGUCAGAGGAGGAACUGACCAAGGCCAUGGAAGGGCUGGCCCAUGGGGAAGGGAACAUUCUCCCCAUUAUGCAGAGCAUCAUGCAGAACCUCCUGUCCAAGGAUGUGCUGUACCCAUCACUGAAGGAGAUUACCGAAAAGUAUCCGGAGUGGUUGCAGAGUCACUGGGAGUCUCUUCCUCCAGAGCAGUUUGAAAAAUAUCAGGAACAACAUAGUGUCAUGGGCAAGAUAUGUGAGCAGUUCGAGGCAGAGAGCCCCACAGACAGUGAGGCCACUCAGAAGGCUCGUUUUGAGUUAGUGCUGGAUCUUAUGCAGCAGCUACAGGAUUUGGGCCAUCCUCCAAAAGAACUGGCUGGGGAGAUGGGAAUCCAGCCUAAGACAGAACAGUGGUGUCAACUAAGAGAUAAGAAAUAGGAGAAGUUUGAGUUUGACAAAGGUAAAGCAAAGGUGAGUUCACUUUGGGAAUGUUAAAGUACCAAUGGCUGGAAGAGAAGGGAACAUCCUCAACCUGAUAAAGUGCAUCUAUGAAAAACCUACAGCUAACAAUAUAC